UGACUGCAGCACUUCCAACAAAUACGAAAUAUUCUCUUCUUCAACAACAGCAACGGAGACGAACACGUUUAAACCACUCCGGGCGCAGUGGCUGCUCGUCACUACGCGACGAAUUCUGUAUGAACACGAGAAAUCAGAACCGGGCCAUAGAAUCCUCAGAGAACUGGGAUGAUGAUUUCGAAUUCCAGCAGAGUAACGAGCCGAACACCCUCAGCAAACAUCAGGCGCCUCCAGAGCCCAGAUUGUCUGUCGCAAGUUCUGCCUUUACUGAAGAUUGGGACACCGAAGGAACCCAGCAGAACAUCAAAUAUUCGUCAUCCGCGGUGUUGGGAGACAGAAAGAACUAUCCUGCGCCUGCGCUUGAAGAAUGGGCGGAGCCAGGCCCAUCAACCCCCACAAGACGCUCUACAACCCAAACGGAGAACUGGGAUGACGACUUCGAGGACAGGACCGAUUUCCCUGCCAAACGGCACCCCCACGCCUACACUCUAAAAACACGCCACUCAUAUCAUACUCCUCCUCGCCUCAAAUCCGCGUCUGACCCCGAGAAUUGGGAUGACGAUUUUGAAACAGACAAAGCCGAUACGACCCCAAUGACAAAACGGACGCGUCAGGAGGCGUAUCCAGACUCAUCGGACGAUGAGGCUGAGCUUGGGUUCACGGAUAAGGAUGACGACAGAACUGUAACGGCUCGCAGCCGGUCGCAGCUCGUGCUCAGGCAGUCCCCCCCGCCUCCUGUGCCUCCACUCCCCCUGUCAUUCCUUACACCUGUAGAACCAUUUCCACGCUCUCCGACCGUGUCUGUGUUCUCAAUACCGACUACAAGCGGACGUAACUCAGUAGGAUAUACGUCCACGUCCCAUCUGGCACUGAGGCCAAGCGUCUCGGGUGGCUCACUUGCUAUGCUACCACCCAGUCCUCCAAUACACCGCGAGCGACGUAGACUACGGAAAAAGUCACGUCCUCCGCACAUAGAGAACAAUGUAUUCGAAUUAAUUGAAGAGCAACGUGACUCAUCUCCAACACUCCCACCAUCAACUCCCGAGCGACCAUCUACUUCGCCCCUCCCUCAAUCCGACACAGGUUCAACGGGCCCACAGAAAACGCCUCUCCUUUCGCGCAUCGGAUCAGUCAAGAAGUGGGGUGUGCGGAAGAAGCGAGCCAGCACGGGGCCUGCAGAGGUAAUGAUGCAUGAGCUGAGGCACGAAGACCAAGAGUACACGCCACGCCCGACUAGCUCGCUUGCGUCUGUCCCUAGCCCUAGCACGCGACCGAGCUGGUUUUUUCGCUCUGGCGGCCCCCCUGGGUCUGGGUCCCCGCCGCCCCCACACGCCGCUGAACUUAAGCACGAGAAGAGCAUGAGCGACGUGCACUCGUCCGUGCUGUCAACGCCCCACAAGCUCUCGAAGCGCAAGUCGAGCAAGAUUUUUGAUCCAAACAGCAGCAACGAAGUCAUGGGGACGCCCGUGAAGCCGUCGCUUCUCUCCGCGGCCAGGAGACCCACGUCCAUGCAAGUCCCUCAGGGGAAGGUUAUCUCAGCCUCUACAGGGACGCGGCACACUUCAUACGGUUCAUCGAUGGGUCGUGCGGCAUCUAAGACGUUUAGCCAUCCCGAUGAGAGCGUGGAAGAUCUACAACCUCGGGAGGGUAAUCGGGGCUUUAUGGGUGGCAUGCGGAAAAUUAGUCUUGUCAGCGGCAAGAAGCACAAAAGGAAGAAGAGUGCUAUCGAGGUCACGCCCCUCCCAUCAGUCCCUAUGAGCCCACCACCUCUACUCCCAGACGAGCCCGAGCAUCCGGAUCAAUUACUUCCUCCGAUAGAGCUACAACCACCAUCGCCACCCAGGACACUCAACGGGGUGACCGCGUCGCACUCUGCGCCAAUUAAUAUCAGCCAGGGUAUCGAGUCGUUAUUUGUGCCUUCGAGCAGCGCUCCUGCAUCACUAUCUCCAAAGACCAGCCCCGUGUCUGCAAGCCGUACCUCCCCUGGCAAAGCAUCAUCCCCUCAAUCCGCAUCAUUAGGACGGACUACGCAAGUUCCCCCUCCAUCAUUAUCUAGUGCCUCUGUUCCUCGGAGAAACUCACUUGGCGACCUCAAGAUUCCAGCAAGAAUUAGUCAAGCUCAGAUCAGCCUUAAACGUGACCUCGGAAUGGUGAGAGAAUUUGCAGCAAGCGUUGAUAAACUUAAAGAGCUGCAAGCAAUUCAUCAUCACCUUGUCGCUGAGGUACACACCGUCCUAGAGAGUUCUCCUCUAUCCCGAGCGGCUUCACCCCCCAUGAAUCAUCUUACCCGUCCCCGUUCUCGACUGCGCUCCAACACCGAGCCCAAGUCCAACUUUUCAGAUCACAAGCACUUAGCAGCAACGCUGAAUGCAAUCACGACAAAGUACAAGUUACCGUGGGAAUGUGCUGAGCUACUGAUCGAGCUCGGCGGAGGCACGCCUUCUCCUGCUUCCCCUCCGUCUUCCAGUACCUCUGCACCAGCUGCACAGGCUGAUAUAGAUCUCCGGAAGAGCCGGGAGCGUGCGGUGACUCUGUCAGGCGAUGAAUCGAAGCUGCCCUCCGGAUUCGUCGCGUCGCCUGGGACGGGACAGUCCAAUCUGUCAUGGCGAUCGACAUCAGGGCGUCACGACCUCACCCAGCGCCAGCUCGUUCUCUUACGCGACAUCCUUAACAGUACAGAUGGUGCGCUUCCUGACGAUGCGUUGAUCUUAGAGGAAACGCAUGUCAAUCGACAAUGGCGAUGGGGAGAUGCGAUGAGCAGCACGGUUACGCUUCCCUCUGAAGAGUCGAUGCAUACUUCGCAAGAUGGAAAGAAAAGACGACAUAGCCGAAUGGGCAUGAGUGGACUAAGAGAUAUGCUGCGGUCAUUGAAGCGGAGCCAUUCAGGCCAUCCACCUCCCCCGCUGCCUGCGUCCACCACGUCUCUAAGCACCCAGUCAUCCAUGGGCUCUCAGAGCCAGCAUCACUAUCCGCAUGCGCAUCUGCCUCAAUCGCAGCCCCAGCGACGCUCCAAGACGAGCGCGGGACCAGAGUCAAUGCGCUACACUCGGGAUGUGCCGAAUUCGCCGUACAAUGGCCAGUCUUUAAAACACAAGGCAUCGCCACGCCGACCCUCACUAGCGUCUAUCUUCCGCCUGGGGCAGAAGAACAAGAACGCGUCGUCUGGUGCGACGUCUUCGCUGGAUAGCACCCAUAGUUCGCGGUGUGCAAGCCGAGGGAGUGCUACGACCGAGGAGGAAGAUUGGGACCAGAUUGAUUCUGUCACGGAUCUUGAUGGAGCGGCGAGAGCACUGGGGAUCGAAGGGUCUUCUACGAUCAAGGGCAAGAAGGGACUUUCGCCUUACCUUGAUCAUCCUCGUGACAUGCGUCCAAUGACACCCAACCGAGUAGCGUGUUCCUCUCAGACGUCAUUGAAGCGCGAGCCGUCCCCUCGCGCUAUAAGGCCAAUGCGGUCUACGAGACUGUCGAACGUGGAGGAAGUGGUUGAUGAUCGACAAGCACGCUCGAAUUCGAGGGCUCAGCACCGUGUUUCUUUACCGAGAACGAGCCCUUCGCGACCGCCGUCUCGGAACUACAAGCUUGCGAUGUCGGGUUCUGUGCGCUCUGCGCCUCCGCCGCAGCCGGACGGGGGUGACGCUUCGGCUUCGCUGUUCUCUGAGUUCAAACUGGCGAUGACGCCGGAGAAUAUCAAGCCGCUGCUAGACAACGCGAAGGAGGUGCAUCUGCGGUUGAAUGAGUGUAUCAGGGAAGUACGUGCGCUGCUGGACGUUUCUGCGAACCACUUGCCGCCGUCGUAGUACUAGUUGAUUCAUCGCACUUUAGUUUGGACAUUGUCAUCAUCAGCAUCAUCAUCAUCGCAUCAUUAUCGCACCGCACUGCAUGGAUGGUUAUAUCUCGCGUGUUGUUGUUUUCUUUUUCUUUUCUUUUCCUUGAUUUUUUUUUGUGCUUGAAGCCUUGGUAAUUGACACUACGUUGAUAUUUAUGACACACGUACGUAACCCCCUCACAGCUGUUCACGAACAUACUUACAUUACAUGUGCGAUACGAAACAACUUGAACUUGACACCGCUGACCGAAGCCAUGUCAAGGAACAAUAGUAGUACUGUCUUCAUUCGUGCAUGAUCUAGUGAUAGAUUAACUGCUGGUAGGAAAACAUAAAUGCUGUGAGUAAGCUACGGAGUCCCAU